AAGUUCAAAACGACGACGUGUUGGACGGGUGAAUCGAGGGGCAAAUAGGGUACUACAUGCGACAGUGAACAAAACCACUGAAAAUCCGUUGGGAAAAGCAGAAUCCGAAGCUAUCAACAAUGGCGAUUUACGGCGACCUUAGAGUCACAUCAUCUCUUCCACUCUAUCGCUCUCACACUCUUCUUCCAACAACCUCUUUCCUUCCUCAAAAGGUGGACUUUCACCGUUUCUUAAAUGGAGGAUCCAGCAGAUUUGAAUUCACUCCAAAACAUUCUACCAUGGCCACUGUACGAAGCAAUAUGCGUGGCUAUUACAAGCCAGUAUUUGCAGUCCUUGGAGGUUCUAAAUUUUCAUCAAAGUCAGUUAGCCAAGAAGCCGAGAACUUUCUCCUUGAUGCUGUUAAUAUGAGUUUCUUUGAGCGUUUAAAUUUGGCUUGGAAGAUAGUUUUCCCAUCAGCUGUGUCUAAGAGAAGCUCCAAUGCUAGGAUUGCCAAGCAACGUUUGAAAAUGAUUCUUUUCUCUGACAGAUGUGAAGUAAGUGAUGAGGCAAAGCGAAAAAUCGUUAACAACAUAGUGCACUCCCUAUCAGAUUUUGUGGAAAUUGAGUCACAGGAUAAAGUUCAGUUGAGUGUCUCUUCAGAUAAAGAUAUUGGAACCAUUUACUCUGUUACAGUGCCUGUACGGCGGGUUAAGCCAGAAUAUCAAGAGAUCGAUGAAACUGGGACAAUAACAAAUAUUGAGUAUAAGGAUACUGGAGAUAUUUCAGGUUCUGUUGAUGUUAGAUUUGAUUUCUAUGUUCCAGAUGAAACGUCUUGAUUUUGAAACGGAGGGUCUUGAAUCUCGAUUUCUUUCUCAGAAGGUAGAGUUGAAACCCUUACAGGUGAAGCCAAUUUAGAGUGCUGUAUAUAUUUGCAAGUUGAAGCUUCCAUUUAGGGUGGGUAACUAGAUUUUGAUGAGAAAUUUUGUACCACCUUUUAUCUGUUAGUUUGGUUUGAUGAAUUGUUGUCAACUUUAUGAUAGGAUUUUGUUGUUUU